AUGGCGCACUCCACCUGGAUGCUGCUAGUGGUGGUGCUGCUCUGCUCUCAGGCGGUCGCAGAUCCCCACUCCAAGCCAAGCCAUGAGAACGUUGCCUCCGAGGCCGACCGCAGACGCUUUCGAUGGCUGGACGAGGGCGUCACGGGCUCGGGCGAUGUGCGCGAGUGGGGACAGCAACAGAGCUUCUGCUUCUACGAUAAUUCGACGCUGCAUAUCCGCAUGGACCCGUUGAACAGUACACUGCAACCAGCGCUGAUUCAAACGCUGGGCCAGUCGCGAGAGGCCAACGCACUGUAUAACAUGACCAACGCCACCUUGUGGUACUUACAGAGCGUCGCCUGGCCGCUCCGACCAGUUUUCUGGGCGUGGAGCGAGCUGCGUGUCGUCGUGGAGAGUCCCAAGGUCAACCAGUUGAGCUACACGUUCGCACGCACUCCAGGACUGCUAUGUCGCAGUGUCCUAAAGGCAGCGCUGCUAACGCCGGGACUUGAGCAAUAUGUGCCCACUUAUGUGGUCAACGCAGUUGAAAACUUCCUCUUCGUUGCGUCCAAGCUGGUAUGUGAGAACUGUGUGGGUGGCUGUCCGCUCGAGUGCAGAGAAGUAGCAGACGAAGACACAUGCAUGCUGGAACUCAGUCCGUACCACGCUCCUUGCAUCACUGUGACGGGUCCUCCGCAGCCGUUCAUCUCGACAGCGACUCCAAACUUCAGCUUUGACUUGACCUUCUACACAUAUUUGUCGUGGGUGUAUGCGCAGAAUUUCUUCUUGGGUCUGCUGUUCUUUUAUCUAUCGGAAUGGCUCUCGCGUUCGCGCUCCUUCCACUACUUGCUGGGUGCCACAAUGGGUGUGUUGUUCUCGGCGCUUCUUGCAGUCUAUCUCUUCCAGCGUCAAGCUCGGAAUACGACCAAUAUGUUGCCAGGAGCGCAGCUGGUCUCGUCGCUAGCAUCCGUGGCUACAGUGGCAGUUCCAGUGACGGGCUUCGUGAUCAUGCCGAACUUGUAUCGGCUCGGAGCGUGGGCUAUCUCGUACCUCGUGUAUCUGUGGAACCGUGAGGUUCUGUUCGGAAUCCCUCAUCUAGGCAAGAUAUACUUCGCCUUCUUCGCUUUCUUUGGAUGCGUCUUGGUGUGGUGGUAUCAGUGGGGAGCGUCGGCAAAAUCGGAGACUGAGCCACAAGAUGAAGAAGAGAUCGAAGAGAUUGGCUACUUGGACGACGAACUGCCUCCUCUGACGAGUUUCCAGCUUAUUAUCUCGCGCUCUUUGACGAUUCUGGGCAUGACGUUGCUGUUUUACAGCACAUCGUCGACAGAAGCCUCGCUGUUAUUGAUCCUUGUGGUGUCGCUCACGCGUGUGUUCGAGAUUAUUGCAACGAUCGCGUACUUCUGGUACCAUUUCGAGCAGCCUGGUCGUCACAGUAGCUUGAUCUCCAAGACGGAUUACGAGACACAAGGACAGACUGAGACGGAGAAGGCUUUGGCGCAAUUGCAGAAGUAUUUGAAGGAGAAUCCCGAUGAGCUGGACAAGGUGCGCGAGGAUAACGAGAUCCGACUUCGACGAUUCACCAGAGGCCGCAACCACUUGGAUGUAGCCACGCAGGAGUCGAUGCUCGCUCGUCAACGUGAACUCAGACGGUCGACGUGGUCCAAAUGCUUCCCAAAUCUGUCAUUUCCGUCCAAUCGCCUCUCCUUUACGACAGAACAAUUUGUACCGCGUGCGGCGAUGUCGCUGCUAGCGGCACUGUUCGCGCUGCAGGCAUCCGCAAUAAUUCAGCCCACGUCCUCCAUUGACGUGCCCAUAGAGACGAACUUCGAAUUCACAGGGCUGCACUCCGACUUCGCUCAACAGUACUACGUUCUCAACACGGAGCUGGACGACACCGCGCAGCUCUCGGAUGUCAGUGGAGAUGCUCUACCCAGCUCUAUACAGCAGCAGCUCAGUACGAAUUCGCUCUCAUGGGGCGACUUACCUGGUCUUCUACAGCGAGCCUUCCUCUGGGACGCUGGCUACGUCUUGACGCCCACACACACGCUAGCCAAAGUCUAUACACGAUGCGGUCGCUCUAUGGCAGAGUUGGUGGUGCCUCCCAAGGCCUUCGAGCGCGCUGGUUGCCAACUGAGAGAGUGCAUACUACCAGACGGGACAACCUUCCAUCGGUCACUCGACUGCAAGGCCUCGCAGCUCUCGAGAGCAGUCCAAUGCGCUGUAGAUGCAGCUGAAGACAUCUCGGCACCUGCAUAUGCGGCAGUCUGGGGAGACGGCGGAGAGGCCGAUACUCAACCAGAAGUGACAGUGCAACGUCACGCCUACGUGGACCCGGACGGGCAGCCCAAUCUGAUCUUCGCACUGCACACCACGGCCUUUGAAGUGGCUUACACGCAGUGUCCACUGACCCCUGCAAUGGUGAUCCCUUGCGCGCCGUACAAUCUCGUAAACCAGUCCAAGUUCUGCACGCCACAACCUGGUGACGUGGCGUCUGCGUGGCUCAUUAAAUACGCUGCAGACCACAAACAGGACCAGACGUGGCUGCUAGUUCCUCUGUGUAUCGUCACUUUCCUAACAUUUGGUACGGUGGCAGUCUACCGCUACAAGUCAGCCUUACGUGACGAAGCACGACGAGAAGUCGACUUGUUUAUGCGUGAGAACCGCCAUUUAUUUGACAACGGAGCCGUGGAGGCCUUCCUCGUGCCUAAACGUAAAGGUAAAGGGCCUCAAACUACGGAGACAAGUCGACAGGAUCGCUCCUCGUCCUACUCGUCGUCUUCAAGUCUAGACAGUGACGACAGCGCGUACACGUCUCGGCCAUCGAUCCGAGACCCUCAGACGUCCUUGAGCUAUGACGAAGGCGUCCAGAAUGCUGCAGCGUUCGAGCACUUUGACGCGACGAUCGGGUUGUCUGCGUCUGCCUUCGACCCUUUGGCUUCUACUGCACGCAUGGAUCCUCUACAGACCGAUACAGACACGUCUGUACAAGACAAGGAGAAGGAAAGACCAUCCGAUGACGCUACAGCUCGGAAGAACGAGAUGGCCAUUCGGAGCUUCCGUCUGUUCGAGUCGCACCGCAAGAUCCGUCGUCUACGGGUCCCUAUGGCCGAGUUGCAACUAGUAAAGCCACUGUCUCGAGGUGCGACGGGUGAGAUCUGGCUGGCUCUGCACAGUAACAAACAGGUGGCACUGAAACAAUUGGUGCCAGAAAAGCGACGAUUGUUACAUGAGAUGGAGAUGUUCCUGGCCGAGAUCUACCUCAUGGCGCAGUUGAAACACCCGCACAUUGUGACGCUCAACGGUAUUGCGUGGAACAUGCUGGAGCACGUGGUCAUGGUGCAGGAGUUCAUGGAAGGAGGCGACUUGCAGCACUUCCUAGCGCAGCAACGCGUCCGUAAUUCGUCGUCAACAGCUCCAGUCAGCUCCGGUAACACAAUCGCAAGACGCUCAAGCUCCGUCACUGGAAUGUUACCGCAAGUGGACGAGGCUGUGGCUGUUGCAGCGACGUCCUCGGGUUCGUUUGCUGGCGGGUUGAUCCACUCGGUACCUUCGAACCACUUCACAUGGACCAAGCAGAAACUGGCCAUCGCUCAGGCGGUGACGAGUGCGUUGGCCUAUUUGCACGCGUUGACGCCCAUGGUCUUGCAUCGGGAUGUCAAGUCUCGCAACGUGUUGCUCUCGUCUUCUUUGGACGCCAAACUGUGCGACUUUGGCAUCAGUCGACGUAAAUGCAGCGGUAGCGACGACGAAACGAACCUCACAGCGACCGCAGCAGCGGGCACGUUGUCGUGGACGGCGCCGGAGUUGCUGCUGGGCGAGGAGUACACGGAGAAAGUGGACAUUUACUCGCUGGGUGUCCUUCUCAGCGAGCUGGACACGUGCACGUUGCCGUACCACGACCCCGCUUCUCUCUCCGAGCGACUGGUGCAACAUCCACUGCGCUUGAUGCGGCGUAUUCUCCACGACGGACUUCGCCCCCAGCUCUCGGCGGACUGUCCGCUGCCUAUCACGCACUUGAUCGCAGCGUGCGUGUCACGUAACCCAAAGUUACGUCCGAGUGCUGCCGAUGUAGGAGCCUGGCUGGCGAGUGCUCGUGGAGAGAGGCUGCUUCGCAGAAGCUCCAGUGUGUUGAUCUCGUAGGGAAAAGAGUUAUCAGGGUAGGAUGCUUAAGUUUUAUGUAGACUAGUUGGUAGUGUUGGAUUAUGUGGCAAGUAAGUCUUCAAACGUUCUACAUGUAGUAAUAACGUGGGAGAUAGCGACGAUGACAGUGACUCAGAGCGAGCAAACCGAUGUGAGCAGCUAGUGGCGCAGCUAGACAAAGAGCUUGAUGAAGAUGUUGAC